AUGAUUUUUAAUACCGAGGAAGAGCCCAGCGCAGUCUCCGUAUCGCCGGUGCUGACUGAGCUUGGCGGUUCUCACAGUCUUACUCCCGAGGAAAUCCAAUUUAUUGUUGCUGCGAAGGCAUCUGGUCGGCUUGGUGAGCUUAUGGCUCUAGCCAAAGACUCUGACAGCGGCAGUUCCCUGGAAGAGGUUAAAAACUCUGCUAAUGACCAACGCGAAUUGAUUGACUCUGUUUCGAAACAGGCAACCACGUUGCAAUCGCAAAUUGAGCGCUACAAGUCUCUCAUCGAAUCUGGUGCUACAUUGCAGAGCCAACAAGCCGAGGCCAAGCAUGCCAAACUGGCCCGGACACGCGCUGCCAAUGCUCGCCUUGAGGAAAUGGUGUCUUCUGACGACCUCGAGCUUAAGCGACUGAUAUCCCAGAACGUCAAGCAUAUCGAGGAGUUAGAGACAGUCCCUAAUUAUCUCAAAGGCGGGCUGAGGCAUGGGAACAAGGUUUGUACGGGUGCGAAAUAUAGCCCGAGUAACACUAUCAAUGAUCCGUUUUAUGGCAAUCUUUUGGAGAAGCUGCAAGCUCUUGGUUGGGAGAUAAAGAUCAGGGAUGAGAACAAGCAGCUUGUGAAGACAGCUCGUUACUAUUCCAGCAUGCAAGUAAUGAUGUCUAUUACUUCUCUUAAGCACAACCUCAACCUAGUGCUCAUGGAGGCUGCCUGCAAGUAUGCCAGCGCUUUUCCGGCUGGUAGUGGAUACGCUCGCGCACUUGACACUGAGCUCGGAGCUGUUAUGGAAGAAAUCAAUUCUCUAUGGGACGAGGUGGUUCCAGUUGCCCAUAUGGCUGUUGAAAAGACAAUGUUGGAACCUAUCCUUCAUAUUGUCAACGUCAUGGAGAAAUCAAAGGCAUAUCAAAAUGCCAUCAUUGGAUCCUAUAUUGGUAGCUGCUUGUCUUUCAUCAACGAACGACUCGAGCUCCUAACAAAGCGUAUCGAGAUUGCCGUCUUUCACCACCUUGCUCUUUUCAUUACUCACGAGCACAACCGAGCCUUCCGUUAUAUCAAGGAAGCAAACAUAGAGCACAUGCACACAUUGAGUCAUCGUCACAUGCAGAAUGACGAUGAACCGGGUCCGGAGAUACAAACGACCACGCUGAUGCACAAUCGAAAGGCACUGGACAUUUUUGGCGGCUUUCCAAGCAAAGUCUUCGAUCCUCUGACAACUACAGAAGAGAAAGUCACGAUACUUAAUGAGUUUAUAGCCGAACGUGCAGUCAAGGAAAACUCAAGGCUUAAGAAUCUGCACAGCCUCUACGAGUCCUCAAUGAAAGCUGGUCUACACGAAGGUGCCAGCGUCAAUACUCGAGUACUCCAGUGUAUUGUUGCCGAUAGUUUGAAAGGAAUUGGCCGUCGAGGCGCCGCUCUCAAUGAUGGCCAGACUGAAGAGUCGCUCGAGGCUCUUCAAGAGGAGAACAGAAAAAUUAGGGAUGUACAAAGGAGCCUGCCGCUUCCAGAGGUCAUCAUGAACAAAGCUCUCUUGCCUGCCUGGCGCAUUCACCUCGAAGCCAUCGACUUGCAUGACGCAGGUGUGCUGAAUGAUGGCCGCUGCGAGCAUGGCGCUAAUGCCGCUGACCGUAAGGACUGUGAUGUCUACAAAUUCUCUUUGAAGCAGGCUGAAAUUAUUCAGCGUUGGAGCGGUUUACUUGACAGUAAAGAGGAGUGA